AUGGCUACUGCCUUCCACCUAUUCCCUUUCCUUCCACGGGAACUCAGGGACGAAAUCUGGGCUUUUGCCAUUCGGCCGCACCGCCGAGGAGUCCAAAUCUUUCGCGUACACAAUUCCGCCACGGAAGCUGAUAUUGGACCUCGGAGAGCCUCGCGAGGAUUAGACGAAGUCAACAACUCCUGGCAUUUUGGUGCCCCUCUCGAAUCCAGGUACUACAAGAGCCUCGACGGAUCCCCCAAUAAGAAUGUGUCGGCGUACAUGAUUGAUUCCGGGUUAUGGACCGCUUGCAAAGAAUCACGGCGUGUUAUCCGGAAGCACUUCGCUGAACAUUCAAACAACCCGUGGGGACCGUCAGGGCGUGCAAUAGUGAGCUAUUGCUCGGGCAGCAACCCCUUCUACAUCUCUAUCUGGCCAGACUCGGACCUUAUUACUCUACAACCAGAUAAUUUCUUCCCCACCAGCUGGAGCCGUAUCAAAACGCUUGCCUGCACUUCGAGUUCUUCUGUCUACCCUCUGGAAUUUUGCCGGGAUAUUGGCAUAGACUAUGAUCCAGCAUGGGCGGAUACAAAUUGGGUGUAUGACUUUUCCCCGGGUGUACAUGAUAUGACAUCUUACGUCGCUGUUCUCUUUCGUUCUUUUCCCCGGCGCCGUUUGUGGUUGGUAGACACAAACCUGAAGCGGAAACCAGGAGCCUCUUCGUCGCAUGACAGCCAGACAGUGCAAUUCUACGCAAAUGAUAGGAAGCUUGUACAAGUUUCUCUUGAUAAGGGGGAGGGUAAUUUGAGAGAGUGGGAGUAUAUACACCCAGUGGCAGGCGGGGACUAUCGGGAUUCAUCUAUUUACUUUGCAAUUUCCGCAAAUGAAUUAGGAAGAUUUUAUGACGCAUGUCCCUGGUUUAUCAACGAUCAUCGACAUCUUCUCGGAGAUCGAAUUGGGCUUCUUGGAUGGGAAGAUCUAAAAAAAUCAUAA